AAAUGACGUAGUCAGAUGAGAGACCAGAGACGGGAAUUUGAAUCAUACCAAGUCCUACACUUGAGGUGUUAGCUUGUAUGCGAAAGAAGCCACCGCUACCUUAAUUAACAAUAUAAUGAUACUGGUUCCUGCAUUAAUUACUCUAGCUACAAUUCACUGUAUAACAGCAGAAAGUCGUUCAAAAAGACAAGAUGUAGUCUGCACAACACCCAAUGGUGAACAAGGAAAUUGUAUCCAUGUCAGAAGUUGUUCUGCUCUUUUAUCUUUAUUGAAGAAAGCUCCUGAAAAUCCAGAAUAUGCCAGUUUCUUGAGAAAAUCAAAAUGUGGUGCUUAUGCAGAAGUAUGCUGUCCAAGUGCUGACCAAACAGUGCAAGGCUGUGGAAAAACUACUGUUUCGCAACAUAAUAGAGUUGUUGGUGGAGUACCUGCAGACUUAGGUGCCUGGCCAUGGAUUGCUGCAUUAGGCUACAGAGAUCUAUAUAGAUCAAAUAUAGAAUGGAGAUGUGGUGGAAGUUUAAUCAACAGUAGAUAUGUUUUGACAGCAGCUCACUGUGUAAGGACACCUCCAAGCCAGUUCCUUACAUUAGCUAAAGUAAGACUUGGAGAACAUAAUCUCAACUCUGAUUCAGAUGGUGCAAAUCCAGUGGACUAUGACAUAGAAAAGAGUGUUGUUCAUGAAGACUAUAGAUCACAAAAGAAUGACAUUGCUUUAUUACGUUUAGAUAAAGAUGUUGUUUUCACUGAUAAAAUAAGACCUAUUUGCCUACCACAACCUGCUAGCCUAAGAUCUUCUACUUUUGAUAGAAAAUAUCCAUUUGUAGUUGGCUGGGGUGAAACCAGUCUCGAGGGUCCUUCUUCAGACAUUCUUUUACAAGUACAAGUUCCUGUAGUUGACAAUGAUAGCUGUAAAAAAGCUUAUGCAAAACAUGGAGCUAUCAUAACUGAGAGCCAACUUUGUGCUGGAGAAAAGAAAGGAGGCAAGGAUUCUUGUAGGGGAGAUUCUGGAGGACCUUUAAUGCUACCACAGAAUGGAUCAUAUUACCAAAUUGGUAUUAUCUCUUUUGGUUAUAAGUGUGCUGAACCAGGAUACCCAGGGGUGUAUGCUCGUGUUACGUCUUACCUUGAUUGGAUCAAAAAUAAUAUGGAAUAAAAUUACAUUUUGUUUUAAUUUUACCAAAUAGCACAAACAUAUCUGUGAAACUGCAAAAAGUGUAUUAAGUGCAAUUUUUUGAAUUUUUAUGGGUAUUCCCCCAAUGAUAAUUUAUCUCUCUUUCUUUGUGGAGCUAAGUUAUGUGGCUAUUACAGAGACGAACAGAACAUUACUUUGUGGAAAUUGAACUUGCACCUGUGAAAAUUCCAACCUUUCAAUUGUGUUUUUCCAUAAAUAUGAUUUUUGCACUUAACACACUAUGUACAGGUACCACAAAUACAUGUAUAUUAGUAUAUAAGUUAAAUAAAUCUGACUAUUUUCCAUAUAAUUCAAAAGAUUGUAUUGAGGGCUGGUUAUCAACAAAUGAUUUGUGAUAAUCACUUUGUAUUAAUUCACCUAUUUCAAAAGAAUAUAUAUAUACAAGCAAGAGUGGGAUAAAUAUUUUAUUUAAUAAUCAAAAUUCAAAUAAAUUUAUAACAUUAUCACAGCUCCUAUAACAUUGAUUGUAAAGUAUACAUAAAGAAUAGAGUUAUGACUGAAUUUUAUUUCUUCAAAAUAAAUUGAAUAAUGUAUUAUUUAAAAUAAUUGUAACAAAUGAAGUCCAAUAUGAUCAGUUAGAUAUAGAAAUUGUUACAUUAAAAUAUUCUGUAUAUUAUCAAAAUAUUUAUUUUUUAAAUAUAUCUUUUAAUGUUUUGUUAAUUUAUUUUCUCAUUUUUAAUAUUUUUCAUGUUUCUUUUAUUAUUUCAUUUUAGCUUUUAGUGUGUGUGUGAUAUAUUUUGAUAUUAAUAAAUGUAAAUAUGAAUACCAAAACAGCUUUUCGUAAAUUUUAGUUACACUUUUCAUAAAUAAAAUAUGUUACAAAUCCCUCUGUUAAUGAACUUGCAUUAGUUAGUUGUUAAAAUUAGUUAAAGUUGUUUUUUGGUUACAGUACAUGACACGUUAUAUAUAGUUUUUCCCAUGAAACAAUACUCCUUUUCAGACAUCAAAUACGAAUAAAUCCAAAUCAAGUUUAGCUAAAUCAAAUAGUAAAAAUUGUGUGGAUUCUGAGCAGUAACUGUCAAUCCCAUGUUAUGAAAUAUUUGUCACUAUUAAAUAUUCAGCUAUUUUUCAAAAGGAAAUAUAUGACCGUGAAAUGUACCAAUUACAGUUAAAAAUUAAAAAUAUAUUAAAAUGUGCAAAAAUAUGUUAUUCCAAGCAAAGCACCAUAAACUAUAACAAAUGACAACGCGGGUUUGCGGACCUCAGAAGGUACCUCAAGCAGGGUGAAGAUUUCUGCAAAAAGUUGGCAACUAUUCUUAAGGAAAGUACCUGAUGAAAAGGUAAUGAUUAUGAUCGCAUCAGGUUAUUGUAAACUACAUAUCUUCAAGAGAACUAAAUACUUGAAAAGAACCAAAUGAUCAUUUUUUUCUUAUUGUCUUAUUUAAUAGCCCUGAAAUAUAUAUAUAUGUAAUUUAUA